UCGUAAAGGAACACUACACAGUUCCCCACACACGAAUACUCCCAUCAUGUUGUUUCCAACCAUCUCUCGUGGCGUCUUACAGGUACUCACACCGCAGGCCCGUAUUGUCGGCACUCGUGCCUCGCACACUGCGGCGGCUGCGUUCGCGAGCAACACCCACGCACCGUGUUGGUCCUGGACGGAAUCUCUUUCGUUUGCGUCACCCGAAUCUGAUUUUACCAGCUCCCAGAGUCUACCCAGUGCGGGAUCCAAUGUUGCUACCGCGACACUUUCGUUUGCUUCUCCCGAAUCCGACUUUGUCGCGGCCUCACCAAUGAACAAUAGCAUUGGCGAGUCGUUCGUCCUCGAGAGCAAGAAGGAAACGAGCAGUGCUUUUGCAGCGGUGGCUGACCAGUCAGUUUGGUCGGGAGCCUUAUCCUUUGCCUCCCCCGAGUCUGACUUUUGCGCCAACGCCAGUCCACCAGCACGCAACGUUUCCCUCCCCCAGUCCUUCCGUGAAGCCUUACUGGAAGAGCACGCGGCUCUCGUGGUGACCACAGCAACAGCUCCGCAUCGGAUCGUUCACGUCAAUCACGCGUGGGAAGAUCUAUGCGGGUUCGACAAGAAGGAAGCCCUACACCGCUCGCUGAAUAUUUUGCAAGGUCCCGAUACCCGGGUGUCCCUGACGCAGCGGAUGGUGGAGCGCUUGCUGGCGACCCACGACCCCCAGGAAGUGUACGUGGUCAACUACAACAAGCAAGGUGAAGCGUUUACGAAUCAUUUGCGUGCGGGUUACAUUCAGGAAGAUAACGGGUUGGAGUUGUUGGUGGGGAUUCUCGAGCCGGUGCAGCGACAGGAUGUUCCCUUGCGAUUGGUGAGGGACUAAUACCAGAGAUGCCGUUUGGCAAAUUGUGUUGUACCCAUCCCGUAUAGAGGCCUUUUGCUUAUUGCAGCGGGUUGACCAAACGAUGCCCUGAUACCACUACUACUCUUGUGCAUAUAAAAAGACUAGAACACGACGAUUUUGUUGUUGU